CCUUGAACAGCGCACAUGGCGCUGUUACACCUUUACUCCUCAACUUAGCCUGACAACAAACUGUAGGAAUAAGCUGAACGAGCGCCGCAUUUAAUGAAACAGGAUUUCUUGGAAAAGCUCAUUUCUUUAAUGAAGAACUGUUGGAUUUGGACUCAAAGACACUGUCCAUGACAAUGCCGGUGGUCAAAGUGGAGAAAGAGUCUCCCGCUGACACUUUAUCUGACUCCAACCCUCCACCAUCGACAGAGGUGCAGGCCAGAGGUCGGAGGAGGAAGAGACCUCUCCAGCGGGGGAAACCCCCAUACAGCUACAUCGCACUCAUUUCCAUGGCCAUAGCAAACUCUCCUGACCGCAAACUGACAUUGGGGGGCAUCUACAAAUUCAUCACGGAGCGCUUCCCCUUCUACAGAGACAAUUCAAAGAAAUGGCAGAACUCCAUCCGCCAUAACUUGACACUCAAUGAUUGUUUUAUCAAGAUCCCAAGAGAGCCGGGGCGGCCAGGAAAGGGCAACUACUGGGCUUUAGAUCCAAACGCCGAGGACAUGUUCGAGAGUGGCAGCUUCCUCAGGCGGAGGAAGAGGUUCAAGCGCUGUGACUUCACCACCUACGCCUCAUACGUGCAUGAGACGCCAGUUUUCUCCCCUGUCCAGAUUGCCAGGUCGGCUGCAUAUUCCAACUCAGUCUACUCCAACAUGACGGUCAGUCCGACCUACGGGCAGCAGCUACCGUCGGCCUACUACCCCUCCUCAUCACCUCCUGCGUUCGGACCAGGUCAGAACCGCAUGUUCAGCAUCAAUAACCUCAUGGGACACCCAACUCCAGGCAGUAUGCUUGGAGGUCAGGGGCCAGAGGGGAUGCAGCAGCCCAGCCGGACCUUUAGUCCAGAGGGGCCCCCGAACGGAUCCAGUCCCUGCAGCCUGGGAGCCCCAGUUUUCCAGAGCCAACCAUGCGGGGGACCUUUGCCACCCCGCUCGACUACACAUCCCGGGUUCACCUACUCCGGGCCAAACGUGCACCCACACCACCAUGCACACCAGGGUUCAUAUGGACAGGGCCACACCCAGGGGUAUGCAGCGGCGGGACGCCUCCAUGCCCACGGGCCUGCAGAGUCUGUGGACCAUUACAGCAGGAUGUCCCCGGUGCAGCUGGGUUCUUUCUCCCAGUAUAACAGCGCUGCAGGUCCCAUCGGCAACACAGGGGGUUAUCUGAGACACCCUACAUAUCCGGGGAGUAUAGACAGGUUUGUGUCUGCUAUCUGAGAUACUGAGAAUGUAGCAUCUCGCUUCUCAACCGAACAUCAGAGACAAGUGAGCCAGACAUGUCUGCAGACAAACAAAAUUGCUUUUUUCAAUGGACAAAAACUGAAUACACAUAAUCUAGAUCACGCUUUAAAUUUGGUUUCAAAAUGUCCCCUCUUCACAUGUGAGAAUGUAAAUUAAUCGAAUUUCAUGUGUGGUUGUGAGCUUUUUCUUUUGUCAUGAUGUUAAUGUACAUGUUAAAUAUUUACGUAACUGGUAAGUUUAAAGACGAAAUGCUAAAAUGUUACUAUAAAUUAUUUUGUUUCAUGGUCAUAGGCUUUGCAUUAAGUGGCUUGUAUGAAGAACAUCAGCUUUAGAUUUUUAUGUAUUUUUUUUUCCAUAUUAAAAUGCAUAAUAGGUCAUUUUUGUUGAAAUAAAACAAUCAUAUGGAAAACAUUUGAUAAAUAAUUGACAUAAUACUGCAAUUACAAUUCAAGCAAUUGUUUCAGACCCUCAUUUUUAUUUUAUUAUUCCCGGAGAAACAUUAGAUGCACAGCAAGGUAAAAAACAGUUAGCGACAUAUGAUUAUAACAUCAGAUAUAUUUGUUAAUCUUACGAAUAAACUAUAUUGCUAAAUAUCAAGGACAACAAAUCCAGACACAACGCCAGCAGGAAUGAAAAAUGCCCUCCAUCGUGUCUCUGUGGUGUUUACUUUGCUUUCUACACAGUUUCAGCUCAGCUGGUCUGAAGUGUUGUCUGGAGCCACAGUAUCAGCAGUAACCGUGACCGGCCUCAGUUAUCAUGUCCAGACAUCGACACAGCUCUUAGACACACGGUUAAUCUACCACAUGGAUCCACUCGUCAAAGAAAAUGAAUUGACUUGUAACUCAAUAUUUCAGCCUAUAAAUUUGCGCAAUGCGAGUCCCUUACGGCGACACUAGAACCUCUUCCACAGAAAGUCUGCGCAUCAGACAAGAUGAGACUCGUAUAGGAAAUGCUUUGUUAUAGUUAAGACACUUUAUUUUCUACCGGAAAUUUGUUGACAGAUUUUCUUCUCUUUUUUUUUCAACAAAGGAUCCUAGUUUUUCUUGAGUGCUGCUUGAUCUUUUUGUCUGUGUGGAUCAAAUGAGGAUGACGGUUAAUCCUAAAAGUAAUCUGAAGGUGUUUUAAUUAUACCCAAUUUCAAAUGGACAAUUUCAUUAUUGCAGGACCUGCACUCAAGACAUCAGUCACAUGGGGAACACGCCACACGGUCAUGGUCUAAU